UUUCAAUACAGCUGGGGCCAAAAAUCAUCGGGGGGUAGUCUCUUAUUUCUUAUUUUUUUCUCAUUUUUUUUUUUUUCUUACAUAAAAUAUAUAUAUGGUUCAUAUGCGGUGUCAGCACCUGCAUUCAGAAGUUGUACACACUCAACGCUUAUGGAGAGCUUUUUUAUCCACUUGUCAAACUAGACCUGUUUCAAGUUUGGCCACACGAUCUUCCAAAGUGUCGAGCUUUUUGAACGAAAUUGACGCCUUGGAUCAACAAAAGAUGACAGCAAGACGUCGGAUUCCAGUGCAUGUGAGCAACGAAGUGAAUAAACAAUUACCUACGACCGACCUAUUCACACUUCAUGCUCAUUUACAAAACAAUGAAUACGAAGAAGCUUGGAAAUUACUCGAUAAAUCCGCUCGUGAUCUUACCCAUAUACCACACUCAACAGCCCAUUUACUUUUAACAUCACUGUAUACACAAAUUGAAACCAACCUGAGACGCUUACCACUUGACUUUGGAAAACUCCAACGAUUGUAUUUUGGGCGUCUAGAGACCUUGGCAGGACUCGUUCAUCAACGCCAUAUCCCUUUAUGGGAUAACCUCGAAUUUUGCAAGGUACUUGAAAUGUAUGGUGACCUGGAUCAAAUCAAACGUGCCGAAUCGAUCUUUCGUAACCUACCUCAUUACUGUAGUUCACCUGUCACCGUCGAACACUAUAAUACCUUAUUAUCUAUCCAUGUACGUCGAUUCAAACAUAUGGAUGAAAUCUCACAAAAGCGAAGUCUUUCCAAAUUAAAAACACUCGAAAUGGAAAUGACCCGUAAAGGUUUAAUCAAUACCACAUCCUACAAUAUGUUAUUAGCCGCUCAAGUCAAAUCCCAUCAUUUGCAGGCCGCUGAAAAGAUUUAUGAAAAAAUUCAGACACCCGAUCGAUCCACCUUUCAUAUUUUGUUGAACGGAUACUUAAAAGAGUCGAGAAAUACACGCGAAAAACAAUUGACAAACACUUGGAUGGAGAGAAUGUUGGAAUCGGGUAUCGUGCCUAAUAAAAAGACAUUUAUCUGUGUCCUGGACGGCUUAUCAGAUCAAGCUAUACGUCAUGCUAGAAUGAAGGAAACCCAUGACCUGAAAUCAACCAUCCAUUGUAUAUCCAAUCUUUACAAGGUCAUGUUACAAUUAGGACAUAAACCAGAUACACAAGUCGUCAACACCCUUUUAAAAUCCUAUACAGCUUCCAACCAAUCUCAACAAAUACAAGAUAUCAUGGCCACGCUGGAUCUACCCGAGAAAAAAUCGGGUUGUGGCAACUGUGGUUGUGGUUCUGCCAAGGCCAAGGAGGCAGCAGCCGCCGCCGCCGCCGAAGCAGCCGAAAAGAAAAAGAUUAAAAUCAAGCCAGACACAUAUACAUUUAAUAUGCUGAUCAAGUAUCAUUUAGACAACAACGCAUCCGAUCAAGCCUUUCAAAUGUAUGAUACCAUGGUGACACUCGAUUUUGAUCCAGAUACGGUCACCUAUGGUUGUUUCAUUCAUUAUUAUGCUGGACAAGGUCAAGUGGAGGAAGCCCUGAAAUAUUAUCAUGUCAUGCAACGAAAAGGCAUCCCAACCAACAAUUACAUUUACAAUACCUUAUUGAAUUGCUCUUUAAAAAACCCUCAACAAGCCAAUCUCAUCACCCCUCAUCUUCGACACAUGUUGGCUUCGGGUAAUGCUUCAUUAGACUCUGUCUCACACAAUAUCCUGUUAUCGAGACAUAAGAUAGAAGAGGACUCAAACGAUGGCAACCACAACGAUCCCACGGGUUUUGAUGGAUGGGCAAGUUUAAUUGAUUUUCACGCUACUUCAGGACCCCCUUCGACCCGUACCUAUAAUACGAUUCUUCAAUCUGCCGGUCCAUUCUAUAAAAGAUCAGUACCCAUGUUAGAUGCUAUGAUUCAAUCCCUGGACACUUCGAAUUUACAUCCGGAUGUUUACACGUUUGCGCUCAGUCUUCGUAAUGCAGCUUGGCAAGGCAACAUGAUUUCAGCCGAACGUAUCUUUAAAGAGAUGACGGAUUCGGGUAUUCAACCCAAUUUAUUUGUGUUCUCCCAUCUCAUUUAUGGAUAUGCCCGUUUAGGUAAGAUGGAUAAAGCAAGUGAUAUCCUGAGAGGCAUGUCGGUCGCUCCUUACAAUAUUUUACCUACGCCCAUCAAUUAUGCUCCAUUGAUCAAGGGAUAUGCGGAAAAUGCUGAAUUCGAAAAGGCUUUUACUUUAUUUCGUGACAUGUUGGAUAAAGGGAUCACGGCCGACCUCGUGAUUUAUACCAUCCUGGCUCAAGUGUUUUUAGAUUCGGGAAAUGAAAAAAGGGCCAUUGAGUUACUGGAAGGGAUUCGCAAAGGGGGUAUACCCGCCGAUGCAGCUUCUUUAACCUUAUUAGCUGAAGCCUAUGGACGUGAAGGGAAUACCAAACAACUGGAAAUGAUUUAUACACAAUUGAAAGAAAACAAAUGGAUGGAUGCCAAGGCAACCACCACACUCUUAAAGGCACACCAAAAGAAUCCAGCGAAUGCUUGGAAGUUAUGGAAUGAUUUAAAGAAAGAAGAACAUGCAUUCACAAUUUAUCAUUACAAUGCACUCUUGAGUUGUUUCUCAACCGAAACGAAAGCUUGGUAUCCUGUGUCUAAACUCGUUUACCAAGAACUCAAAGAGGAGGGACAUGUACAAGCCGAUGCGUAUACGUUUGAUUUAUUGGUAUGGGGAGCGUUUAGUGUAUCUGAUUUCGAAACGGUACGAGGAUUAUGGCAUGAUAUGAAGGAAGCUAAACCAGAGUUAAUUCGAAGUUAUUAUGCUAUCAUGACUGCCAUGGUAGAUAAUCGACAAUUAGAGACAGCAGAAAAAGUAUAUCGACAUUAUCAAACAUUACCAAACCCUCCACCCAAUUCAUCUACAGUUUGGGUUGAAAUGAUCAACACGUUGGCUAAAAAUCAUGGUUUCCUUUCCUUAUAAUUAAACCUCAAACCCUCCCCCCCCCCUUUUUUUCCCCCUUCUUUUAUCCCAUCCCCCCCACCACCACUCCAUUGUACAGCACCUCUUCUCACCAAUACACAUAACUUUUUUGUUGUAAUACAUAAUUUAAAAAUAAAAAAAUUUAAUACAUCUUUAUAAAU